GUGCUCGAGGUGAAGAUCAUCACCUUUGUAAAAAAUGAGCUGCAGAGGUUUAAGCAGAUUCUUAGUCCAGACUACCAAGAACAUUUUGAGAUGAAAUCAGAAGAAGAGAGUGAUGCCAGAGAAGGAGUUCUCAAGAUGGCAGUGCACUUCCUCUGUAAGAUGAAGCACCAGGAUCUUGCCAACACAUUAAAUGAAAAUGAGAUUAAUGUAUGUUGCCAAAAUGACUUGAAAAGAAAUCUCAAGAACAAGUACCAGCAUGUGUUUGAAGGAAUAGCCAAACCCGGAAACUCUGUUCUGCUGCAAAAGAUCUUCACAGACCUCUACAUCACUGAGGGAGAUGGUGGGAAAGUAAAUGAGGAGCAUGAAGUCAGACAGAUAGAGUACAGAUGCAAGAGACCGACCAGACAAGAGAAACCAAUCAAAUGUGCUGAUAUCUUUAAACCAUUACUCGGUCAGGACAAACCCGUCAGAAGAGUUCUCACAAAGGGGGUGGCUGGCAUCGGCAAAACUAUUUCUGUGCACAAGUACAUCCUGGACUGGGCUGAGGGAAAUGACAACCAAGACAUCAAUUUCAUCUUUCCACUCUGCUUUCGGGAGCUCAACCUCAUGAGAAACAAAGAGUGUUCUUUCAUGGAUCUUCUUCACCACUUCUAUCCAGAGCUAAAGCAGUUAACCAUUUGCAGGCAGAAGACAUAUAAUGUGCUUUUUGUCUUUGAUGGUCUGGAUGAAUGUCGACUCCAACUCAACUUUCAGGGAAAUGAGAGUUGUACUGACAUGACAGUGAAUAACUCAUUGGGUGUGCUCUUGACAAAUCUACUGAAGGGUAAUAUGUUCCCCUCUGCCCUACUAUGGAUAACUUCUCGACCAGCAGCAGUCGGCAAAAUCCCUCCUGAUUGUGUUGACCUGGUGACUGAAGUGCAAGGGUUCAAUGACUCCCAGAAGGAGGAGUAUUUCGGGAAGAAGAUCAGUGAUGAGAGUCUUGCGAGAAGAACCAUUUUACACAUUAAAUCAUCAAGGAGCCUCCACAUCAUGUGCCACAUACCUGUGUUUUGUUGGAUCGCUGCUACAGUUCUUGAGAUGAUUUUUUCCUUAGGAAGCACAAACAUUCCAAAGACUUUGACAGAAAUGUACACAUAUUUCCUCACUUUUCAAACCAGACAGAGGAGCAGCAAAUUUGACAAUGUGCAUGACCUCGAGCCACAAUGGAACCAUACGUUUAUCCUUGAUCUUGGAAAGCUGGCCUAUGAACAGUUGGAGAAGGGCAAUCUGAUCUUUUAUGAGGAAGACCUCAGAGAGUGUGGCAUUGACGUCGAAGAAGCAACUGUUUUCUCUGGGAUGUGCACCCAGAUCUUCCGAGAAGAAUCAGGCAUCUUUCUUGGAAGGGUGUUCUGCUUUGUGCACCUCAGUAUCCAGGAGUACCUCGCAGCUCUUUAUGCGCUGUUGAUGGCAGUUGAAAGUAAAGAUAUAAUAUCCACACCGUGUUCACCUACAAUGGCAGAAUCAAUGAUCAUUUUGCAGAAGAGUGCUGUAGACAAAGCUUUAGCUCAUGAAGAUGGACGAUUUGACCUUUUCCUCCGUUUCCUUCUUGGCCUCUCUCUGGAAUCAAAUCAGUCUCUUCUACAAGGACUAUUACAUAGAAGACAACAGAUGGGCAAUGAUGAAACAAUCCAGUAUAUAAAGGGAAAGAUCAAGGAAGCAUCUUCCUCAGAAAGAAUGAUCAACCUUUUCCACUGUCUGAAUGAGCUCAAUGACCACUCCUUAGUGGAGGACAUCCAGAGCUUCCUUAGUGCAGGGACACUGUCUGAAGCCCAGCUCUCACCUGGCCAGUGGUCAGCUCUAGUGUUUGUGCUGCUGACGUCAGACCAGAGUCUGGAUGUCUUUGACUUGAAGAAGUACAUCAGAUCUCAUGAUGCUCUCCUGAGGCUGAGGCCAGUAAUGGAGGAGUCCCACACAACUUGGGUCAACAACUGUGGGCUCACUGAAGAGAGCUGUACAACACUUGCUUCCAUCCUCUGCAAAGACUCAUCAAAACUCAGAUCACUGGAUCUCAGUGACAAUCACAUUGGGGAUAUUGGAGUCACAGAACUGUGUUGUGGACUGAAGAACCCAAACUGUUGCCUGGAGACUCUGAG